AAAACUUUUCUCCGGCUCAUAACUUGGAGCUCUAAAACCCGACCGAUAUUUAAAGAGCCCUAAACCCUGAUAUUUUAAAUUUAAUUUCCAUUAUUCUGAGUAGAAGCAGCAUUUGCAGCGAGACUGGUUUUGGUUCGUCAAAUUUUUUAAAACUUCCGCUUUGGUAGGGUUUCGUAAUAUUUAUCCUGCAAAUUCUGCCAAUUUUUUUCCAUUGGAUUUGUCAGCACGACACAAUUUUUGCAGAAUCUUGAGCUUGCUGAUGCUUGGUUUGCAAUUCCAAUCAGUCCCGAGAUUACAUUGCAUUUCACUGACUGCCUGUCAAGGAGGCUGCAGUCUUUGGCAAUGGAAAAGGAUGCAGUCAAAUCCAGGAAGGCAAGGAGAAAGGAAGCAAGGUUGGCAAAGCAGCAACAGCGACUUCAAUCACGGGUUCACCACCAAGCCUUUAUGAAACGUAAAAGGGACAAGUUGAUGCUGUCAAAAUCAAACAAAGUGGCAUCACCAUGUGAUAGGAAGUAUUCAACAUUAGAUAAGAAGGUACAGAAAUGUCAAAACAAUGUUGAGCCAAAUGAUACAAGUUCUAAAAGCUCAAGAAUGAAGGGAUCGUCUGACAAACGAUCCAGUACAAAGUUUGAAGAGUAUAUAAAAAUGGAGGAGCAGAAGACAAUUUCUGCUGAUGAAGAUUUACUGAUGGAGCAACAGCUUGCAAAAAGGCUGAAGGUCAAGGAAGGUAAGCUUGGUGGUUCUAAGGAUGGGCUGAAUGAUCUCAUGGAUGGACUUUUUUCAUGUGAUGAUUAUGUAGAAGUAGAUUUUGAAACGCAAAGAAAAGAAAAAAAGAAGAAAAAGAAACCAGUGGAGCCUUCUGAUGCUAAGAGUAAACCAAAAAAGUUGUCGGAAGAGUCUACUUCCUCUGUGAAAAGGGACCCUAAUUUUCUAGGUCACAAUGAAUCAAGUGAAAUGUCUAUGGAGGUGGAUGUUAUGCUUGAGGAUGCUAAGGAUAAAUGUAUUGAGCUUGAAGGGUCUGAAGCUUGUGUGGAGGGCUGUCAAGGGAAUGUGAAUGAUACAUUUAGACCUAAUCAUUUGUGUAAUUCAAUGUCAAAAGCUGCUGGUACAAGUAAAAAGACUGACCAACAAAUUAACACAGAAAGUUCUUUGGUAAAGUAUGUGGCACCACAUUUGCGGUCAAAUUUGACAGAUUCAGCUAAUGAAUCUGCUCAGACACGGCGGCACAUCAGAGGUCUUUUGAAUAGGCUCUCAGAGUGCAAUGUUGAAUCGGUUGCAGCAGAAAUUUCAUCUGUUUUUCAGUCGCAUGGUAGGAGUUUGGUAGCUCAAAUCGUUGCAGCUGAAGUUGUGGCAUCAUGUUCCAAAGGACCACGUGGCAAUGAACAGUAUGCAGCUGUUUUUGCUGCUUUUGUUUCAGGAAUUGCAGCUUCAGUUGGUAUGGAUUUUGGAGCGAAGCUUUUUGCUUCCCUGGCAACUUCCUUUGAGGAAGAACACAGGAGAGAAGAUGGUCUCGCAUUGAGAAAUAUUACACUGCUGCUUUCUUAUCUUUACAUAUUUGGACUCUGCUCCAGUGACUUAAUUUAUGACCUCCUUGAUUCGUUGAGCAAACGCUUGGAAGAAUUGGAUGUCUCUGUGAUAUUGACAAUCUUGCAAUGCUGUGGCAUGUGCUUAAGAAGUGAUGAUCCAGCUGCAAUGAAAGAUUUCAUUUUUGGUAUUCAACAACAUGUCCAUGAGUUGAAAGCUCUAGCUUCAGGCACGCAAGAUAGAAAUCCUAUAGUCAAUGGCAAAAGGAUGGAAUAUAUGCUGGAAACUAUUUGUGAUAUAAAAAAUAACAAGAAGCGGCCAAAAGAGGAGUCCUCGCCUCAUGCUCGUCUGAAAAAAUGGUUACAAAAGCUUAGAGUGGAUGAUGUUCAACUUCGAUGUAUAAAAUGGAGCAAACUAUUAGAUCCUAACAAGAAAGGGCAGUGGUGGCUUUCUGGAGAUAUGGAGACAGCAGGCAAAGACUGUAAGGUUGGGAUUGCUGACGUGAUUGAUGCAGAAGUUGCAGAAGCACAAAAGAUGCUACAUCUAGCAUCUUCUCAAAGGAUGAAUACAGAAGCUCGCCGAGCCAUUUUUUGUAUUAUCAUGAGUGGAGAAGAUUACCUAGAUGCCUUCGAAAAGAUCCUUAGAUUAACUUUACCUGGAAAACAGGAUAGGGAGAUUGUACGGGUUCUUGUAGAUUGCUGCUUGCAAGAGAAAGUCUUUAAUAAGUACUAUUCUCUUCUUGCAGCCAAGUUGUGUCACCAUGAUAAGAAUCAUAAGUUCUCAUUGCAGUAUUGCUUGUGGGACCAGUUUAAGCAGCUCGAUUCAAUGGAAUUGCGAAGAUUAGCCAAUCUUGCUCGGUUCCUUGCUGAUCUAAUUGGAUCAUUUUCUCUCUCUCUUUCUGUGCUUAAAGCAAUUGAUUUUACUGAUUGUGCAAUGUUGACUUCUAAAGUUAUUGUGCACUUCCGCAUAUUAUUUGAGACCUUGUUCACAGAGUUUUCAGAUAAUGUUAUUUGGAAUAUUUUCACACGCAUUGCUAGUUUUCCUGAGCUUGAGAACUUACGAAAUGGGCUGGAACUAUUCAUCUACCAACAUGUAAACAAAAAUGCUCUUACAGAAGAGCAGCUUGGUCCUCCUGAAAGUGGUUCAUUGAUUGUGAGUAAAUGUAAGGUGGCUAAAAAAGCCCUCACUAAUGUAGCUGGCAUCCUUAUGUGAACCCUCCUCUAUAUGGACAUAGGCUUGCUUGGAAACUUAUCACAAGUAUUAAGAGAGACCUUGCCAUAUUACUUGUUAUAUUAGAAGCGGAUUAUAUAUAUAUAACAUUUGUUUUACUUUUCA